UCUACACCGGCCCCCAGGUUGGAGGUACCAUCGGCCAGCACCACGCCCUCGAGUCUUCGGCAGCCUUCUCACCUUGCAGUCAUUGUCAGAGGCAUCCUAGUACUCAGUGCCGUGCACUAACCCAAGCCAAUGCCGACCGUUCCCUCAACCUGCGUCCCGGUCAAUGCUCUCGACUCCGUCGUCAUCCCCGAGGCCGGUCUACUUCCUCCCGACGAAGUAACCAGUGGCCCCACCCCCGAUCCCGAAACGGACGAUGUGAUGCUCGUGCAGACUGACGAUGGCAUGAUCCUUGAGGCAUCCCCUUCUCAAUGUCCUCCUCAGACCAUCGCGAAGCCUCACAGGAUUGAGCUGGGAUCGCUCAUUCUUCAUUCGCCUUCAUCUAUCGUAGGCACCCCCUUCGACUCGUCACCGCGUUUCGAGUACCCGUUCCCACCAGCGGGAGACGUCAUUGACCAGCUGGAGCCCUUGGUCCCGUCCUUCCACAUCCUUUCACCGUCCUUCGCAUCAUUCCCUCCCCCCACACCCUCCUUGCCGCCCCCGCUCCCCCUCUCCUUUCCACCCAGUGCAACCCCCGCAGCCAAGCCGCGCCCCCAAUCUCGGUGCUUCUCCCCUACGCAUCUCAAGCUCAAUGCUCGUGAGCCGCCAGUGCCGCCAGGCCUAAGGCACAAGAUCAUCAGGGACAACACUGGCGAUUCCACCACCAUGAUCAGUGUCAUGGGCUUCGACAUCGGCGGAGCGACGAGCCUAAACCAACCCAGCCGCGGCCGGAGGAGGAGCGGCAGCCUCAGCGGCCUCUCCGACAAGCUGCGGCUCCUCACCCAGACGCCCAUCGACCCCUCGGGCGUCGCGCGUGCAAAGGAGGCCGCGAGGAUAGGCGCGAAGCCGCCGCAGGCACACGAAGUCGACAUCAAGUGGAAGAGGCAUAGCCUGGCCAUAUGCGAAAUCGAUCGCGAGCACGACACCGAUGAUGCCACGGGGGGCCAUCCCGGGCACGAUGUCAUCGCCGACAUCUUGCGCGGCAAGUCGAGGGGACGCACGAGGCCUACGCUUACCCACAGCGCGUCUUCGAUGUCGCUCUCAUAGGACUUCGGUCACCUCGGUCGGACGCUGCGCUGUCCGAGAGACCCUAUCCUCCCUUGGAUUGACAGGCAUCACACAUCUUACACGCUUUCCUCCUACCCAUCCUUCGCCGCCUGCGUUUCCGACCGCCUUUCGGCUUUGAGCACCAUACACGUCGCUCUUGCUCCUCAGGCUUUCGCAGGCUGCUGGCCAGUCUCGAACGAACGGAUACGCCCCUCAUAUGUACAACGCGCGACUCGAGUCGCAACUCUCCGCGUACCUCACGUCUUACAUUGCUUUUCCCGUUACUUGUGCUGCUGCCUAAGCCAGAGCCGGGUUGACUUAGGGAAAAGCGCAUGCGACGGACGAGUACUUUCGGAGUUCUUUUACUCUCAUUAUCCCUGUUCUUGCGUCUUCUGGUAGACACACGUGCACGGUUUCGUCUUUCUUGCCGACUGUGUUGUAUUCGUAUCAUGCAUUCUUUUAUGACCCUCACCACUAUCCCUAGAAACUUACGAAGCCGUGCUCCUCACCGAUUUUGAUCUUCUGUUUGGGCUCCAAUCUUGGCUUUUGAUCCUCUCUCCCGCAUUGUAUCGAUUCGCUCUCAUCCAUCCCUGGUAUAUGUAUACCCGUCGCCAUCCAUCCAUCCAUCCAAUCAAUCCAAUCCCCUAUCCCCCUGAAUCCCCUCCCCAUAAAAUAAUACGCCCACUGUCACGCUCGCUCUCGAUUUGCU